AUGUCCGCACACUACUCAGAGGAAGGAAGGCAAUUUCCUUUCCUCCAUUUCCUCCACUAUAGCUUUGGAGGAGAUCUCUUAGUAGACCUGUCUGAAAUCUCUCAGGGCUGGGCAGGAGCCUCUGGCUCUUCCACAGCCUACCCAAGACACCUGAAUUUCCCUAAGAUGUUUGAGUUGCUGAAUGCAGCCAGAGAUAUCGAUGACAGUCACUAUGAUCAGGACCGGAAUGCACUUAAAAGAAAAGAAUGGGAACGGCGUUCUCAAGAAGUUCAGCAAGAUGAGGAUCUCUUUGCUUCAGGUUUCAGUCUUUUUGGGGAACCCUACAAGACAAACAAAGGUGAUGCACUUGCCAGCCGAGUCCAGAACACACUGGGAAACUAUGAUGAAAUGAAGGACUUAUUAACCAAUCAUUCCAAUCAAUGCCAACUAGUGGGAAUUCCCAAGAAUUCUAUACCCCAGACUCCCACUGAAAAAAAUGAAUCAAGCUUUUUUCCUGAUCAAAGAAACCGAAUGAUUGCACCUCAUCAGGGCAGUAGCCAGUCAGCGACAUCAGUGCCUCCUCCGUCUUCAGUGACUUCGAGUUCAAGUCACCAGAAUGUCAGAAAACCAAGAGCUGAUUGGCCACGAACUGGCCAUUGCUCCACCUUUACCCAGGCAAACCAGUCUACUGGUCAGCCAAAUCGGAUGAAACAAAGCAAUCCUCAUGAUCAGCCUCAAGGCAGAUAUGAAGACUUGUUCACUUGUCAAAGUGACCAACACAAAAAUGGAGGAAUGGAGGACGCAAGCACGUCAACAUCAUCCUCGAAUUCAAGAAGACUUAGUCAUUCCAAGGUCAGUGGUGGAGAGCAUUCUUAUAAGGAAAGCAUUCCUUGCUUGUCCCCAAUAGAUUUUGAAUUUUUAGCAAGUGGGCCUAUUUCUCCACUCUCUUCCACAUCUUUACUGUCUUCAGCCAGUAGUCUUUCAGUCCAAAAUUUUCCACAAGGCCUUUACUGCAAAACAAAUUUGGUUCAGCAGAAGCCUACUGCUUAUGUGAGGCCUAUGGAUGGUCAGGAGCAGCUCCCAGACUUCUCCCCUGCACUGAAGCCGCUGCUAGAAAUUGAGAGUGGAUUUUCAAGUCAAACAUUUGGGACAUUGCUGGAAGGAAAACCUAGUGCAACCACUUCAAAGACUAAACUCCCAAAGCUCACCAUCCCUCAGCCAAGUGAAAUCAACCUUUCCAAUGAUCCGAGCUGUGUGGAAGAAAUUUUGAGGGACCUUCAGCUUUCGACCUCGGCAUACAGCGUGCAAAAGUGGAGUGAUCCCGAGAUCAAAGCAGCUACCAAACCCCCUGCACCACAGAAGUCAAUGCUUGAAGACGACCUGAAAAUUAGCAGUGAUGAGGAUGAUAUUGAGCAGGACAUUGAAAAGGCAAAACCCAUGGACAUUCCUUCAAAUGAUUUCAUAGGAGGCAGUUCAUCCCUUCAAGCUGUAGAAAGACAGGAAAAUGUGGUUGAAAAGCUCUUAUUGACUUCAGCCCAUAAUAGCCCGACCGUUCCGCCAGCCCCGGAGCCAGUCGUUAUCCCCUCCAGUGGGGGGUCUGAAAGCUCUAGUGAAUCUGACAGCAGUUCAGAGUCAGAUUCUGACAGUGAGAGCUCUUCUAGUGACAGCGAGGGCAAUGAGGAAUCCCGGAGCAACACGCCAGAGCCGGAGCCUCCUUCAACCAACAAGUGGCAGCUUGACAAAUGGCUGAACAAAGUGAACCCUCAGAACAAGACAAUUAUAAGCAACCAAAAUGAGACUUCCAAUGAGAACAAUCCUCUACUUUCCAUCACCCCACAAACUGAAGUACAGAAUAAGGGAAAAGUCACUCCUGGCCUGUUCCAGAUUGAACCCAAAGAGAGGCCUCUCCUCAGCCCUCUCCGGGAGAAAGCUCGACAAAGGCUUCUCCAGAAACCACAACAACCACCUCCUCCUCCUCCUCCUCCUCCACCACCUCCUCCUCCACCUCCUCCUCCUCCUCCUCCUCCUCCUCAAGAGGCCAAAAACUCCAGGCAGAAGUCACCUGCUCAAAAUGAAGCAGCCUCACAAAAGAUUACAGUCAAAAAGCAACCCCAAAAGGUUGAAAGAACACCCAGCACUGAAGAAUACCCCUGGUCUAGACCAAAUAUUCAUCCCAGCAACACUCCCAAAGAAAAAGACACACUGGAACACCCAGAGCAGGCCAAAGCACGGAAUAGAGCAGCAGUUGGUAAGCUGGCUCCAAGGAAAGAACCCAAACUCACUGCCGCAUUUAUUGCCGAAAAGAAGAAGUUUAGAGGCCCUGGAAAGAUUGUCCCCAAGUCUCGAGAAUUUGUUGAAACUGAUUCCUCGACUUCAGAUUCAAAUACUGACCAAGAUGAAGCCUUACAGGUCAAAUCAGUGCCUCCUUGUCCCACUUUGACCAGUGCCCUCAAACCCAAGGAGGCUCCGAGCAACACUAUUUUCAAUGUCAGCACUUUAACAGGAAGCAGCAGCAGCUGCAGCAGCAGCAGCAGCCUAUGUCUAGAUAUCGCCACCAAUGAGGUGGAGGAGCCCCUUUUCUCACCUCUGCCUAUUGGGCAAACCGAACUUCUGUCCCCAAUACGUGAUUAUGACGACACUAAAGCACUUUGGGUCAAAAUAGAUCUUGACUUACUAUCUCGAGUACCUGGUCAAGAUCCACCUGAAACCACUUCCACGAAGAGUGAUCCCAGAGAGAACAACAUUAAACAACCGCAAACACAAACACCACAGGUCCCGCAGGCCCGAGAGUCACCUGGCCCUUCAUUUGCUGAUAAGAUGUCUGCAAAGAACAAGAGAAAGUUCAAGCCAUCUGACCAUUUGGACCUGUUCCCUGAGAAUAAGAAACAGCGAAUGGAGGAUGCCCCAUCUUCCUCCCUGUUUCCACCAUGCAUAUCACCAAUACCUAGUAGUCAAAGAUUCCCAAGCACUAAAGAAAAUGUUCUCGCAAAAAAAGUGACUAAGAAAAGAGAUGACAAGCUAUUCCCACCUCCGCUGUCCCCAUUGUCGGACGAGCCCCUACAUCGACGCAUCAAUUCUGAUGGCAACAGUUCCUUCAGUCAGGAAGCUUUCAUGCCUACUGCUUUUCCUGCUGCCAGUUGUUCUUUUGCCAGACCCAGAAAGAAUGAGAGCAAGACCCAUUUAAACUUCAGGAUAUGUGGUGAAGAUACUUACAAUCGUGGCCCCAGCAUUGGGCUUCUGAAUAGUAAUCAACUAGAGAUGGCCACUUGGUCUUCAAUGUCUUCUAUGGCUAAUGGGAGUGCAGAGAAUAGAAGACCUCGGAUUCAUUUUGAUAACAUGCCUCAUAGCGCUGAUUAUUACAUGCAGGAGGCCAAGAAGCUCAAGCACAAAGCUGAUGCACUGGUGGAGAAGUUUGGCAAAGCUAUCUAUUACACCGAUGCGGCCCUCUCCUUCAUCGAGUGUGGCAACGCAAUGGAGCGGGACCCAUUGGAGGCGAAAUCUCCAUACACCAUGUAUUCCGAAACUGUGGAGCUCAUCAGGUAUGCCCUGAGACUCAAGAAUUUCACCUGCUCUUCUUCCACUGAAUGGGACAAGAGACUAGCAAUUUUAUGCUAUCGAUGCUUAUCACUCCUGUACUUGAGAAUGUUUAAACUAAAGCGGGACCAUGCUAUGAAGUAUUCCAGAUCUCUGAUGGAAUAUUUUAAGACUUCGUCCAAGGCUGCCCAGAUACCGUGGGGAAACUAUGGAAAGAGUGCUGAAGUAAUGUCACCAUUGUCCCUCAGCCCUUCCUCAUCAAGUGCUUUACCAUCCUUGGGACCUAUUGUCAUUCCUCACCGAAUCCACCACAUGGCUGCUAGCCAUGUCAACAUCACUAAUAAUGUACUUCGAGGUUAUGAACACUGGGACAUGGCAGACAGACUGACCAGAGAGAACAGAGAAUUCUUUGCAGAUCUAGAUUCACUGAUGGGGCCUUUGACUCAACACAGCACAAUGACCAACCUGGUUCGAUAUAUCCGCCAAGGACUCUACUGGCUUCGCCUAGAAGCCCACCUGUCCUAA